GGAGGUACAGGCACAUUACUACCACAGAUGAAUCCCAGUGAGGGAGCCAGGCUCUGGGAGGAUGCAUCAGUUUCUGAGCUGAAGUUCUGUUUGGAUUAAUGCAGACAACAUGAUUGACUACGAGCGUCCCUCUCCAUUAGGCUUCGGGCCGGCUGGGAGGAGUGUGAUGGUUCCCGAGCUCCCGGCGCACACACAUCCACACACGCUGUCGACCAUGCCUCAGAGAUACUCCCACCAGAGGAGGAGAGCCAGCACAGCGGCUGCUAGGAGGAUGGAAAGGAGACGCAGGGACCAGGGGGAAAGCGGCAACAACAUCCCAACCAGCAGCCACAACCAGCGCUCCAAGAAACUGGCCAUGCUCUCCAGGUCCCUGAUCCUGUGUCACUCUAAAACUAAUGAUGACUGUCCUGAAGAGAGGCAUGCUGGGGAAGUGUCAGAUGAGUGCAGGACAUGGGGCCCAGGCUGCAGGGCCGACGUGACUGCUGGGGAUCAAACACGGUGCAGAGAUACAGGGAACGGACACUGGAACACCACCCAGCCCUCAGCCCUGGAGAAGAGAGGAGGCACGGAGGCAGAAAAGCAGCUGCAUCACCCCACCACACUCAGGGAGAACAAAAGGAGCAUGAGGAGGUCCUUCAGCAUCAAGGAGAGUAGUAUCUGGAGGAUGUGUGUAGCCACAGGGCCCGCUGAGGACGUGUGUGGACCACAAAUGGCUGAUAACGGCAUCCAGGCAGAGGACAAAGACACUAAUGUGGAGCCAGGGAAUGAAGGGAACCUACACAGAGGCUGCAGCUUCCUGAGCACAGACAAGCUGGCACCCUUUAACGGACAGUUCCUAGACGGUAACAGUACUUGGAUGUCUGGGGAGAGGAUGAGGAGCGCUCCCAUUAAAGCCAGCAGUGAGGACACUUCCACAUGUGAGGACACUCUACUUUCACAAAGUCUGAAUGCAAACCCAUCACAUCCGGCUCUCAUUUCCCCAUCUGAUCCUCAGUCAUUGCCUGGAUACACAGAUGAAGAACUUCUGGCCAACAUCAACCACCUCAAGUUCCCCAUCCCAGAGGUGAAUGAAGAGAGGAGCUGGGACACAGAGCAGUCUGAGCAGAGUCCACCAGGACAGACGGCCACAACAAGGACUCGCUCCAACUCAACCAGUGUUCAUCCUUACUGGAUCGGGGAUCUGGAGAGCAUCAUCAUGAAGACCCCGGACCUGUACACCUCUCAUCCUCAUGGGAGUGCUGGUUUCUAUGGAAACAGGAAGUCCCUGUCCCAGCAGCUGGAGUUUCCUCACAACGCCGCACAGCCUGUUCAACGUUCCUCCCGCUCUCUCAGCUCUGCCCAGCUACUACACUCCUGCAGCAACAUGCAAGCCUUCAUAAUCUGCAAUGUUGUGCUGAUGAAGGGCCAUGGCAAGGGUCUGGGCUUCAGUAUCGUGGGUGGGAGGGACAGCAUGUAUGGACCCAUGGGGAUCUAUGUGAAGACCAUCUUCCCUGGAGGGGCAGCAGCUGCUGAUGGAAGGCUGCAGGAGGGUGAUGAGAUCCUGGAGCUGAAUGGAGAGUCACUUCAUGGGCUGACUCAUGAUGAAGCCCUGCACAAGUUCAAACAAAUCCGAAAGGGCCUGCUGACUGUGGUGGUGAGGACCAGCCUGCGUGUGGGGGCCCUGUGUGGUCAGGCUCAGGCAGCUCAGCUGUGCAGGUCACGCUCCCUCAGCUCCACCACAGGCAUGGCCAGGGCCAGCGCUGACAUGGGGGACUACAACUACCUGAACAGCGGCUGCAGUAACACACGGAGUGUCCCGGGUCAGCCUGCUAAGCCCGGAGACCGCAUCAUGAUGGAGAUCAUCCUGCAGAAAGAGGCUGGUGUUGGUCUGGGUAUCGGACUGUGCUGUGUUCCGUCUGGUGACGGCUGCCCGGGGAUCUACAUCCACACCCUGUCUCCAGGAUCUGUGGCCCACAUGGAUGGUAGACUGCAAUGUGGGGAUGAGAUCAUGGAGAUCGACGGCACCGUGGUUUACAACAUGGUGCUGAAUGACGUCUACACAGUGCUGAGCCAGUGCACACCGGGCCCAGUCCACGUCAUCAUCAGCCGACACCCCGACCCCAAAGUAUCAGAGCAGCAGCUCAACGAUGCUAUCGCUCAGGCAGUGGAAAACAGCAAGCUGAGAAAGGACAAGAGCCAGUGGAGCAUUGAUGGGCUGCGUCGACCUGAGGCGUGCUCUCACAGCCGGCACAGAUGUGAACGUUGUCUGGAGAGGAGUUUCAGUCAGGUGGCGGCUCGACGGGCGCAGAAGACCAUGACCCGCUCCUGCAGCGACAACACCAACGGCCACCACCACCUCCACCACCACCACAACCACUGCCCCGCCACACACGGCCUUCACAACACCCACCAUAACCCGUCGGCCCGCGUCCACAGCCUCGACACGACAAAGUCUAUGAGGGAGACGUGGUCUGACAACAGACUGUCAGUGCCCGUGUACCCCGAUGAAGACUAUAACCUCCCCUACAACUCUGCUGCUGCCAACCCGUCCAGUCAGCAGGCCCUGGAUCCGUCCUCAAGGGGCUACAAGUCCACCUGUAGGGUGCGUGCUGCUCAACGCCGGAACUGCUGGCCUCAGGAUGUGACCAGUGAGGAGGGCUAUAAUGGAGACUCCAGCGGCUCCAGCAGAGGAUCCCCAGUUAGAGAUGGAGGACUGGAGUCCUCAUCGCACACCAGCUGCCAGGAAGGAGAACGAAUAAGAGAAGAGUCGGAGGGGAUCGAGGAAGAUUUCACUCGUCCUGUAGCCUGCACCAACGACAGACUGCACACAGGUGAUUCACCAGCUGUGCUCUGCUCGCAGCCGAAGAGAGCAGCUCUAAGGAGGCAGGCUCGUAUCGACCAGCGCGCCCAAGAACAGCUUCAGGAUCCUUGGGUUCGCCUCUCAGACAGCUCCCCUGAAGAGCAGACCAAGAUCCACAACCGCCACCGCCACCGAACGCAGCCCGCCAACUGCCACACCGAGCCCGCCGCCAUGAGCGACGAAGAGAACGCGUCCGAGCUCAACGGCUCGGCCACUGAUGGGACUUCAGAACCUCCGUCCAGCGUGACCCGCGGAAACGCGUCGGAAACUCCUUCAGAAGCAAAGUCGGGGCCCCCCGUGGCGCCCAAGCCCGUCUGGUUUCGCAAGAGUCUGAGGAAAAUUCGCGAUGACCAGGACAAGAAGAGCCCAGCGAGGCCUGCAGAGCAGAGGCCUGCUGUGGGCUUCAGCAGAAACUUCGCCGUCAGAUCUGCCUCUUCUUCUGGAGCCAACCUGUCAAUCAAACAAAAGAUCCACUCAUUUGAGACUUUUUCCAGUCCAGAUGGUCCAGAAAAGGGGGGCAACAGGAAGCACGUGGACCCUUCCACCUGUCUUCCUCUGCAGACGGCGCCCAAGAGCCCCCCUGCCUCACGUAGAGACCAUGGGAAGAGCAACCAUGAAACCCCAGAAGAGAUCCAGGAAAAGCAGUCUGCAGCUGUUAGGGAGACAAACGACACACAUGUGUCUGUCACCUUCUCCUCUUCUGAAGCUUGUAGUCAAACACCAGCCAAGUCCUCUGAUGAUGAUGAUGAUGAUGAACCUCCCUCCAUCCAAUCCCCCACAGAUCUCCCCCUUUCUGACGCCAUCAGCACUGAUCUGGACUUUCCUUCAGCUCAAGUCCACGAUGACAGGAAUGUCUCUUUGACAAAGCAGGAGUCCGAGCUAGAAACAGUGGAUCACGCCGGGUCCGCAGAGCGCGCGGUGCUGCCCCCGGCGUCAUCCGUCACAGUGGAGGAGGGAAGUCCUCCUGAGGGGACGGAGGAAGACGGCGCCCAGAGCCAAGGAACGCUGCAGAGCCCGACUCUGAGCGCUGCUCCACCCACAGACAGUAACCCUCUGAGAGGCCUGGAGGGGGAGAGUUUAGGGAAAGUGCUUGCCUUCAGUAACCAGGUUUCACAAGCGCUGAUGCGCCAGGGAAACCCUCACUCCCCCAACCCGCAGGACUCCUCCGCUGGGGAUAGCACUAACCCUCAUCGGGUUGAGCCGGCCCCGGACGGCCCCGACAGAGGGUACUCUGUCAGCUUGGCCACACUGAGGGAGUGUACCAUCGAGGAGAGGAGGGGGGCGGGGUGUCGCGACGAGGCAGCAGUCACUUCCGCUUGUGCUCACUCCGUCAUCUCAGCCAUCCCCUCGCAGGAAAUACAGAGGAUGAUCCAGGAAGUCAAGGGGCUCGACGAAGAGACGCUGAAGCAACUGGUGGACAUCCAUGUUGUGGUUCUACAUAAAGAGGAGGGAGCUGGUCUGGGCUUCAGCAUCGCCGGAGGCUCUGACCUGGAGAGCAAAGCACUCACAGUCCACAGGGUGUUCCCCAGCGGCCUGGCGGGUCAGGAGGGCACCAUCGAGAAAGGAGACGAGGUGCUGUCUAUAAACGGACAGACGCUGCGCGGCGUCACGCACGCCGACGCCACCGCCGCUCUACGGCAGGCCCGCGACCUGGAGCAGGCGGUGGUGGUCGUCUGCAAGCGAGCGGAGGAGUUGGAGGACGGAGGGGAGGGGCGGCGGCGACAUACGUCCCGUGGCUCACGCGGGGGCCCCGUUAACAUCUGGGCAGCUGUGUUUUGUGUCGCAGUGGAGGAGCAGGGAGCUCCACUAGCUGUGGAGCUGGAGAAAGGAGCUGGAGGAGUUGGCUUUACUCUGGAGGGAGGAAAGGGCUCCAUCCACGGAGACAGACCUCUAGUCAUCAACAGGAUCUUUGCAGGUGGAGCAGCAGAGCAUAGCGGUCUGCAGCAUGGACAGGAGCUGCUGCAGGUCCAGGGAGUCAGUCUGCAGGACAUGACCCGCUUCGAGGCCUGGAGCCUGAUCAAGGCCUUACCUGAGGGCCCCGUCACCGUGGUGAUCAGGGGAGGCAGGGCGGGGGGAGUGACACACACACACACACACACACACACACACACACACACACACACACACACACACACACACACACACACUUACAAAUGAAGAUUCUUCCAAAGAAAUAAAAAAAAAAAAAAAACAACAAUAGCACACAGAUGUUGGCCUUCAGAAUACAUUUCUAUUAUAUUUAUAGAACAUUUAUGAUCAAAUAUGGAAUAUUCAAUUCACCCACAUCCUCCCAAAAACCCCCACUCGCUUCACCAUGAACCCAGAUACGGAGAACAGUCAGAGCUUCACUCUGGCUCUCGAUGAAGACUACGUCCACGUUUGAUUGCCUCCACGGUUAGCAUAUCAGUCACUAGCAUUAGCACGUCUCUGCUACGUGAGCUACUGAAUGUCUUUGAAUGAUUGUAACAGUGAAUAAAGAUCUACCCGGCUUUA